AUGACACGAGAAACAAAUGGGCUGAGUAGGUCCAUGGGUCUACCUUUACCCCCCUACGACCCAGAGAUCACUCAAGUAGAAGAUACACAACAUCGUCCACUACCGAGCAGCUUCGAGGAACUCAAACAACUUCGCUAUGAAGAAGAGGAUUGCAGUCACGAAUUUCUCAAUGAUCCCGAUCUCACAGUACAAAACAUUGAGAUAAACACGCCAGAUACAGCACUUACCGCGAUAAUUUUAUCGCGUCGAGUUCCUAUCGAUGCGGAACAAACCAGACCAGGAAUACUCUUCUUCCAUGGCGGAGGCAGAGUUAUGGGCAGUGUAUUUACGGGUCUAAAUAGCCUUACCGAGGCUGUAAAAACCCUCGACGCAGUGGUUAUCAGCGUUAAUUACCACCUCUCACCUGACUACCCUGGUAUUGACGUUGUCGAGGGCUGCUACGCAUCCUUAGAAUGGCUUUCUCGGCGCCUGGACCUAUUCAGAAUCAACCCCACGCAGUUUAUGAUUGCUGGAGUAUCAGCUGGUGCUGGUAUCGCUGCAGGGACAAUGUUGAUGUCGAGGGAUCGCAAUGGUCCUACAGUUUACGCUCAGCUCCUGAUGUGUCCGAUGCUGGAUGAUCGCUGUAACACCAUGUCGUGUUUGCAAUUUGAAAAUGGACGUGGGUUUUAUACAACUUGGGAUCGGUAUGCGUGGUCUUGCAUCCUUGGAUCCCAAGCUGGUAAAGAGGGGGUUAGUCCUUACGUCGCCCCGGCCCGUGCUACGGACCUGUCGGGCCUUCCUCUUGCAUAUAUUGAUGCUGGAUCUGGGGAGCCAUUUCGUGAUGAAGAUAUUGCAUAUGCUACCAAGCUAUGGGAGUGUGGAGUUCAGGCACAUCUGCAUGUGUGGGGUGGUGGGUGUCAUGGUUUUGAUCUGUUCUAUAAGUGUGAACUUGGUCGCCAGGCUUGUGCUGCGCGUACGAAGUGGUUGAUAGAAUUCCUCCGUUCUAGAAAAUAG